AUGGUGCCCUGGGAGCCCUCCCCGCCCCGGCAGUGCGGCGGCGGCGGCGGCGGCUGGACGCUCUGCGACUGCUGCUGCUGGCUGCUGCUGCCCGCCGUGCUGCUCGUCCUCGCCCGCCCCGACAAGCUGGCGGCCUUCCCUACCUCCUUAAGCGACUGCCAGACGCCCACCGGCUGGAACUGCUCCGGUUACGAUGACAGAGAAAAUGAUCUCUUUCUCUGCGACACCAAUACCUGUAAAUUUGAUGGGGAGUGUUUAAGGAUUGGAGACAGUGUGACUUGUGUCUGUCAGUUCAAGUGUAACAAUGACUACGUGCCCGUGUGUGGCUCCAAUGGUGACACCUACCAGAACGAGUGCUACUUGAAACAGGCUGCCUGCAAGCAGCAGAGUGAGAUCCUGCUGGUGUCCGAGGGAUCCUGUGCCACUGAUGCUGGCUCAGGAUCUGGGGAUGGAGUCAAUGAAGGCUCAGGUGAAACCAGUCAAAAAGAGACAUCGACCUGUGACAUUUGCCAGUUUGGGGCAGAGUGCGAUGAAGAUGCAGAGGAUGUUUGGUGUGUGUGCAACAUUGACUGUUCUCAAACCAACUUCAAUCCUCUUUGUGCUUCCGAUGGGAAAUCUUAUGAUAAUGCAUGUCAAAUCAAAGAGGCAUCAUGCCAGAAACAGGAGAAAAUUGAAGUCAUGUCUUUGGGUCGAUGUCAAGACAAUACUACAACAACUACAAAAUCAGAAGAUGGGCAUUAUGCAAGGACAGAUUAUGCAGAGAAUGCAAAUAAACUGGAAGAAAGUGCAAGAGGGAUCUACAUCCCUUGUCCAGAGCAUUACAACGGCUUCUGCAUGCAUGGCAAGUGUGAGCACUCCACAAACAUGCUGGAACCAUCUUGCAGAUGUGAUGCUGGCUAUACUGGACAACACUGUGAAAAAAAGGACUACAGCGUUUUAUACGUGGUUCCAGGUCCAGUACGAUUUCAGUAUGUCUUAAUAGCAGCUGUGAUUGGAACCAUCCAGAUUGCUAUCAUCUGUGUUGUAGUCCUUUGUAUUACAAGGAAAUGUCCCAGGAGCAACAGAAUCCACAGACAGAAGCAAAACACAGGGCACUACAGUUCAGACAACACAACAAGAGCAUCGACAAGUUCUAGUGGCAAUUUUGAGUCUACUGAACUCAGUAGUAGGGUUUUGAGUUGGUCCAAGAUCAGCGACAAUUAUGGAUGUGGGAAAGGUGAAGAAUAA